AUGUCCUUCAACACCACAUCUACUGCCUCCAUUACGCCGCCAUUCGGCUUUGGAUAUCCUACUCCCACGCCCUCAACAUUGGCCAACCACAAUAACAACGCAAGCCAAACGGUGAAUUAUCCCAGACCUCUCGUUGAUGUUUCUUCGCCCCCACAAGAAAACUCUCACCGGGUGAGCAAGGCUAUGAAGGGCAAGCGAGUCCAUGCGUGCCAGCGCCCUGGAUGUUCGAAGGUCUUUACCAGAGCUGAACACCGCAGACGACAUGAGCUCAGCCAUGAUCCUAAAAAGCAAUACCCUUGCACUUACGAAGGGUGCAAAAAGACAUACCAUCGUCCAGAUUACUUGACCCAGCAUUUGGUCCAACAUGCGACUUCAGCACCAAAGGAAAACAUACCAUACGCCCACAGUGACAGAUCAUCUCGACAGUCGAGCCUGCAACAACAGACGCAGUCGCAACCAGCCAAAUCGCCUGCUAUUCCAUUCCAAGUGGAUACCACCGACAGUUAUCCCGGGAUAUGGGGAAUCAUGGAUUCAUCAAUGCCAUACCCACAGUAUUCCAGCGGCCAGAGCCAAUCUUCCGCAUCCGCUCACGACCACCCAUCCCCCUAUUCCUAUACGACCGAUAUAUGCAGCUCACCCGUCGCAAGCGAAUCCCUUUUAAAUCCUCAAUAUCCCACCUCGGGCAUGCCGGUAGAGACGGUGACUGCCAUCGAUCAAUACCUCCGGAGCAUCUUGAAGCCUGAAGCCUUUGCGUCACCCUACCAGCAGACGGACCCCUCGAUUUGGAGCUCUGAUAUUGAUAUCGAUCCUACGUUGGCAAAGAUUGAGAGCCUAGACCAACUACCGCUCUAUUCGUGGCCUCCCACCCACCACUUGCAAUACGAGGAUCAUCCAGUGCAGAUGAACCACCCGUCCGACGACCGUUGA